GCAAUCGACUGCGAAUGGGCUUCCGUAACAAAAAUCAGCCUCCGCCGCCGUCACCGCCCCCGAACCAACUGCCCCAACAGCAACAGCAGCAACAACAGCAACAAGGACAACAAGCCCUCGUACAGCAAGGCCAUCCGCAGAUGGGCCCGCAACGACCCCCAUCGUAUCCGCCUCCGUACGUGGGACCGCCCGUCGGCGCCCCGCAUCUAGUGCAGCAGGGCCGUCCGCAGUCUCCGAUGCCGCCGCACGGCGGGGCUCCCUACGGCCCCACGCAGAUUGGCGGUAUCCCGCCCCAGAUGUCGAAUCAGCAGAUGAUGGGCCCGCCACAACCGUACGGCCAGCCGCCCGGAUACCCCAUGCAGCAGCAACAGCAGCAACACAGGGCCAGUACCGGCAGCCAACAGGGCAUCAUGGGCGGAGGCAUGAGACCACCUGUUUCGGAGAUGGAGACGAAUAAUCGGAGUAAGGCGCAGUUGAUUGUCGGAAUUGAUUUUGGUACUACUUUUAGUGGUGUUGCUUUCGCGUUCGCAACGGACCAGGAAGCGAAGGAGGAUAUCAUCACGGAAUGGCCUGGGGCUGGUAAUCAGACAAAAAACAAGAUCCCAACGGUUCUUUACUACGAUCAGUAUCAGAAAGUUGUAGGAUGGGGUCCAGAUAUCGCCGACGCUCUGGCGCCAACAGGUUACCCCAAGCCGGGUGUACAAAAGGUGGAAUGGUUUAAGCUUCAGCUUAUGCUUUCCGGAAACACUUACAUCGAUCCCAUCAACCUUCCUCCCCUCCCCCCGGGAAAGUCCGAGAUCGAUGUGGCGGCAGAUUACCUAUUCCAGCUCCGUGGUGCCAUGCGAGCACAGCUGCAAAAGACGCUGGGAGAGGUGUUCAACCGUGAGGAGCGCAACAUUCGCUAUUUCCUGACCGUUCCGGCUAUCUGGAACGAUGCAGGAAAGGCGGCUACCCGUGCCGCAGCCAUUCAGGCCGGUUUCUUAAGGGAUGAGAACGACAACCGUCUCACUCUGAUCACCGAGCCUGAGGCGGCCGCUAUGUUCUGUUCCAAGACGGGGUUGUUGAACCUGAAGGUGCACGACGCGGUGCUGAUCGUGGAUUGCGGUGGUGGUACCGUCGAUCUGAUCGCCUACGAGGUCGAGGAAGAGGUCCCGUUCACCGUCGCCGAGUGUACCGCCGGCUCCGGAGAUUCGUGUGGUUCAACCGCGCUCAACCGCAACUUCUCCAACAUCCUGCGUGCCAAGAUCCGCAAGAUGAAGCUUCCCGACGGUUCCAAGACGGCCGGCAAGGUGUACGCCAAGUGCAUUAUGGACUUUGAGAAUCGGAUCAAGGCCGACUUCCGAAACAACGGCCAGAAAUGGGCCGUGGAUGUGGGCAUCGAGAAGGAAUACCCCGAAGCCGGCAUCGAGGAGGGAUUCAUGUCAUUCACCAACGAGGAGAUCCUGCAGUGCUUCGAGCCCGUCGUGAACCGGAUUUUGGAGCUCGUCCGCAACCAGAUCAUCGCCAUCCAGGCGCAGAACCGCCAGUUGCAGAACGUGCUCGUCGUCGGUGGUUUCGGUGCUUCCGAGUACCUCUUCCAGCAGAUCAAGCUGCACGUGCCCCCCCAGUUCCAGUCCAAGGUGGUCCGCCCCAUGGACUCGGUAGCUGCCAUCGUCAAGGGAGCGGUAACGGCCGGUAUCACGGAACGCGUCGUCACAUCGCGUGUCGCGAGACGCCACUACCUCAUGGCCACGCUGCAGCCAUUCAAAGAGGGCCACCACCCCGAGGCCUACCGAGUCCCUAGCUUGGACGGAAAGGACCGAUGCAAGUACACCAGGCAGAUCUUCGUCACCAAGGGCCAGAGGGUCAAGAUCGGUGAGCCCGUCAAGGUCUCGUUCUUUAGACAGGUUGCGCCGGGUGCCACGCUCAUGUACGAGGAUAUCCUGUAUGCUUGCGAUGACGACCAGUGCCCCGAGUACACCAAAGAUCCUAGGAUCAAGGAGGUGGUAACUCUAACCAGUGACCUCUCGCGUAAGAACCUUGAGAAGGACUUUGAACGCAUGGAUACGCCGCAGGGUACUUUCUACCGCGUUUACUUUGAUAUCUACCUCACGCUCGAUGGCUCCGAGUUCAACGCCGAGCUGGUGUGCCAGGGCGAGGUUAUGGGCCGGUGUGUUGCAAAGUUCAGAUAGAUGGUCUACGGGAUAAUGAUGACGGUUUACUUUGAUGGAUGGACGGAUGGGUGGCUGGAUGGAUGGAUGGGGGGCGGGGGGUGUUAGUUGUUUGGCAAUGUUUUAUGUCUUAUUAAAAUACCAUACGGUCGUGUUCUGGUUUUUAUUUUUUAUUUUUAUUCAUCUUCUGGUCUUCUUUUUUUUGUGCAUCGAUAUACUUGGUACAGGCCGUACGUUAAUGAGCGGGUUGGUGGAGUGAUUGCGAUACAUAUACGAGCUGUAGGGCACGUGUGGGCGUAUAUAUAUCAUCUUGCCAAGUGGAUUGCUGUGGCUGGUGCGCUGAGGGAGUGAGGGG